CCAGGACUCGCAUGUCCCAUCUGGUGGCAGUGUUGGGACCCUGCAGCUCUUGGUCCUUAUCUUGAUGUCCCUGCCCUGAGCACAACCCAGACCCUAUAGAGCAAAGCAGGAAGCAGCUGGGGCACCCCGUGCCUCAGUUUCCCCACCUGCAACCCAAGCCCCAUAGCUCUGGAUGGUGGUUUUGGGGCAUCAAUCCUGCCUCCCCCCCCCGGUGUCCUGGGUGCUCGGGGAGCAUCCCCAAUGCGGGACCAUUGCCCUUAAAAAGGCAGACGAUGGCUUGGCAGCUGCUGGUUGGCCUCUGGAAAGGCCAAAGCUGCAUCUACAGGGUUGGAGUGGGCUCCAUCCGUGCUGCGUUCGGGACAGGGGACAGGGAGCAGCACCCACAUUGCCCCUGGUGGGGAUCCAGGCUCAUCCUGUAUCCAACAUCCUUUGGAGGAGGUGAGCAUCCGUGAUGCGGGCACCCUUGAGCUGAGAAUUUGGGGGUCUGGGGGCACCACAAGCCCCAGAAUGGGUUCAGAGAGAGAGAAGACCCCAUCCCGAAGAUGCUGCACACUGGGGAUGGGGGGAGAACGAACCCAGGAGGAAGCGAUGCUCCAACCCAGCGCAUUCCCAUCACCUCAGUGAUGCCAAAUCCCCACCCCAGCCCCACGGCGUCCCCCCUGACACCCGGAUGAGGUUUCUCCACGUUGUCCCCAGGAACCAGCCGUGGUCCCACCUCCUCUUUGCCGAGCCCAUCACUUAUAAGGACUUGAGUCUCUCUUGUUUAUCAGCAUGGAGCAUAAAAGGAGCAGACUCAGGGGCAGGACCCGCCUCUGAGCCUUCACGUAUUUAUACCAAAGGCUCUUCGGGAUUCGGUCCCAGAGGAAAGGAGCCCUCGCCUCUGCGCUUUUCCCCCCAGGUCCCCCCUGACCACCAGCAGCUCCCGGCCCCACCAUGUGCGAGGAGGAAACAACCGCCCUGGUCUGCGACAACGGCUCCGGCCUCUGCAAAGCCGGGUUCGCCGGUGACGAUGCCCCUCGCGCCGUCUUCCCCUCCAUCGUGGGGCGGCCCCGGCACCAGGGUGUCAUGGUGGGCAUGGGGCAGAAAGACAGCUACGUAGGCGAUGAGGCGCAGAGCAAGAGGGGUAUCCUCACGCUCAAGUACCCCAUUGAGCACGGCAUCAUCACCAACUGGGAUGACAUGGAGAAGAUCUGGCACCAUUCCUUCUACAACGAGCUGCGCGUGGCCCCCGAGGAGCACCCGACCCUGCUCACCGAGGCACCCCUCAACCCCAAGGCCAACCGGGAGAAGAUGACCCAGAUCAUGUUUGAAACCUUCAACGUCCCCGCCAUGUACGUCGCCAUCCAAGCCGUCCUCUCCCUUUACGCCUCCGGCCGCACGACCGGCAUCGUCCUCGACUCUGGGGACGGCGUCACCCACAACGUGCCCAUCUACGAGGGCUACGCGCUGCCCCACGCCAUCAUGCGCCUUGACUUGGCCGGCCGCGACCUCACCGACUACCUCAUGAAGAUCCUCACCGAGAGGGGCUACUCCUUCGUCACCACCGCCGAGAGGGAAAUCGUGCGUGACAUCAAGGAGAAGCUCUGCUACGUGGCCCUUGACUUCGAGAACGAGAUGGCCACGGCUGCCUCCUCCUCCUCGCUGGAGAAGAGCUACGAGCUCCCCGAUGGGCAGGUCAUCACCAUCGGCAACGAGCGCUUCCGCUGCCCCGAGACCCUGUUCCAACCCUCCUUCAUCGGCAUGGAGUCAGCCGGCAUCCACGAGACCACCUACAACUCCAUCAUGAAGUGCGACAUCGACAUCCGCAAGGAUCUUUACGCCAACAACGUCUUGUCCGGCGGCACCACCAUGUACCCCGGCAUUGCCGACCGCAUGCAGAAGGAGAUCACGGCGCUGGCUCCCAGCACCAUGAAGAUCAAAAUCAUCGCCCCGCCGGAGCGCAAGUACUCGGUGUGGAUCGGCGGCUCCAUCCUGGCGUCCCUCUCCACCUUCCAGCAGAUGUGGAUCAGCAAACCCGAGUACGACGAGGCCGGACCCUCCAUCGUCCACCGAAAAUGCUUCUAAGCCCCCUCCUCACCCCAUGGUGGCCCCAACCACCUGGCUGGGGCUCACUGCUCCUCCUCGGUCCCCACUGCUCCUCCCCACCGCGCAUUAAAGCCUUUUCUCCA